UCCCUAUCCCCUUAUCCCCCCACUUCCCAUCAUCCCCCCUCCCAUCAUCCCCUUCCCAACAUUCCCCUCAUCCCAAUUCCCAUCAUUCCCCCGUCCCCUUCCCAUCGUUCCCUAUCCCCUUAUCCCCCUACUUCCCAUCAUUCCCUAUCCCCCCACUUCCCAUCGUCCCCCUUCCCAUCAUUCCCUAUCCCCUUAUUCCCCCAUCCCCUUCCCAUCAUUCCCUAUCCCCUCAUUCCCCCCAUCCCCUUCCCAACAUUCCCCCAUCCCAAUUCCCAUCAUCCCUGUGUGAAAGGGUUAGGAUUAGGAUUAGGAUUAGGGUUGGGUAAUCCCUGAUCCCAGUAACCACCCCUUCCCCAUUCUAUCAUCAUGUGCCCCCAGUAACUGUCCCCCUUUUACCCCCUUUCCCAUCAUCCCCUUAUCCCCAAACUUCCCAUCAUCCCCAUCCCCCUAUCACCCCCCCAUCAUCCUUAUCCCCCAUCCCCCCCUUUCCAUCGUCACCCCCAUCCCCUUAUACCGCCUUCCCAUCGUUCCCCCAUCCCCUUAUCCCGCCUUCCCAUUGUCUCCCAUCCCUCAACCCCAUGUAUCCCACUUCCCAUCAUCCCCCAACCCUUUAUCCACUUCACUUCCCAUCAUCCCCCAUAUACCCCACUUCCCAUCAUCCCCCAACCCUUUAUCCACUUCACUUCCUAUCAUGCCCCAUAUACCCCACUUCCCAUCAUCCCCCAACCGUUUAUCCACUUCACUUCCCAUCAUCCCCCAUCCCCUUAACCCAACUUCCCGUCACCCCCAUCCCCUUAUACUCCCUUCCCAUCAUCCCCCAGUGAUCUCUCCUCCUGCAUUACCCCAAUUUCCUUUAUCCUCCCCAUCAUCUGCCCUCCCACAGUAACCACCCCUCCCCUUUACCCUGAUUCCCAUCAUCCCCUACCCCCUUUAUCUCAGACCCGAGUAAUCACCCCUCUCCCUUUACCCCCAUUCCCAUCAACCCCUACCCCCUUAAUCCCUGAUCCAUUCCAUCAGCAUACACCCCCAGUAACUGCCCCCCCAUUCCCAUUAUCCCUCUUCCCAACAUCACCAACCCCACAGCCUACACCCCCAUCCCUCACAUCUCCUAGCCUUCACAAGCCCUCCCCAGCCACACAUCCCCCUACCCCACACAUGCAAAAUCCCAUCCCCCCAAUCUCCAUCCCUCACAUCCCUCCCCUCCCCAUCACUUAUUCCCCCUCCGCUAACCCCCCUUCGCUUCCUGAGCUCUGCCUGUGUGCUUCCCAAUGACCAGAGGACAGGGACACCCAGGACCCUUUUGUGCAUCGAGCUUUCCUGGUCUAUCAAUGCUUAACUCAGACUCUGUGAUUCUGGGGUUUGUUUAAACCCUUACCAAAGCUGACAAUUUGCCCUUUCUCUGUGUGACGGUUGCGAGGGAUGGCGACGCUGAAGAGGAGUUUGAUUGGAGUGUGCCAGCUGAACAGCACGGGGGACAAGGAGAGAAAUUUUGCUGAGUGUCAGGCGCUGGUGAGGGAGGGGGCAGAGCGAGGGGCCAAGUUCCUCUUCCUCCCUGAAGCCUUUGAUUAUGUUGCCUCAUCUCAGGAGCAGACACUCAGCCAGGCAGAGACCCUGGAGGGCGAUCUCAUCCAACGGUAUUUCCGCAUGGCCAGGGAGACUGGUGUCUGGAUGUCCCUGGGUGGUUUUCACGAGCGAAACCCAGACUGGGAGAGGGAUCGCCGCAUCUACAACACUCAUAUCCUCAUCAACAACUUGGGAGAGUUAGCAGCGAUUUACCGUAAAACUCAUCUGUUCGACGUAGACCUGAAAGGCCGGAUGGCCAUGAAGGAAAGUGACUUCACGAUCCCCGGACCUGCCAUUGAACAACCAAUCAACACACCAAUUGGGAAGGUGGGCCUUGCAACCUGUUAUGAUCUUCGGUUCCCUGAAAUGUCGCUCGUACUGUCUCAGGCCGGAGCAGAAAUCUUGACAUUUCCGUCAGCGUUUACCUUAAUAACAGGACUAGCUCAUUGGGAGCCACUGCUACGUGCUCGCGCCAUUGAGACACAGUCUUACGUUGUAGCUGCGGCGCAGACUGGGAAGCACAAUGACAAACGUACAUCCUACGGGCACAGCAUGGUGGUGGAUCCCUGGGGUUGUGUGGUCGCUCAGUGCCACGAGGGGAGGGACAUUUGCUAUGCAGAGAUCGAUCUGGAUUAUCUUCGGGCUGUCAGGCAGGACAUGCCUGUCAGGUACCAUCGUAGGACUGAUCUCUAUGGGCACCUGAACCCGCUGCCCAUGCACACUGGCGAUCACUGACCUUACACGUUACAGGCAGACGUACUUACGGAGCGUGCUUCAAUGGACAGUAUUCUGAUUCACCUUAAUUAUUUGUAUCAUAAUCAUUAAAACAUCAAUUGAAAAAGAUCCCUCCAUUUGCAAACUUGGAAAA